AUGCCAAUAUAUUAUGCGGAUUACCCAAUUUUUGGGUUAUGCUGUACAAAAGAUUCAAUUAUUUUAAGUGGGGGAGGUGGAGGAAAGGAUUAUGGAAUAGAAGAUCAAAUAGAAUUAUAUGAAUUAGGAAAUUGUGAGACAGAAUGCCAGAAAUUAAAUGCAAAUGAUAAAAUUUCUACAGAAAGUUCUUUGAUAUUGAAGUACAUUUAUAAUACAACCAAGCAAAAAGGAGUAUUAGAUAGUAUGUGUUUUAAUAGCAAGUUAAAUUUGGUAGCAGGCGGAAUAAGAGAAAGUUGUAUACUGUUUUAUAUAGAAGAAGGAAAACAAGGAAAGUCAAUUAGAAUGUAUCUUCAAUUUCAAACAGUUUGGGACAGAAACAAGAAAGGUAAACAAAAUGUCUGUAGAUUUUCAAAAAAUGGGAAAUUCUUGAUUACUGGUGGAACUGAUAAUAUUGUCCGUAUCUGGGAAUUGAAUACAGAGACAGAAAAUACCCGAGAAAUCUUUCCAUUAACAAUGAAGGAGUUUCAUGGUCAUGAAAAUGAAAUUCUGGAUUUGGAUAUGUCAUAUGAUAAUAAAUUCAUAAUUUCAUCAAGUAGAAAUGGAACAAUAAUAGUACAUGAUUAUAAUUCAGGAGAAAUUUUUAAAAAAUUCACAGUUCCAAUGAAAAGCGGAAAUUAUAUAGCGAGACAAUGCCGUUUCAUUGAAAAUGAAAAGUUAAAUAGUCCUAGAAGACAGAAAAAUAAUGAUAGACAACAGUUUAUUGUUUCAAUGUUAUUGCAUGAAGUAAGAGGUCCGUCUUUCAUAACUAUUUGGAACAUGAAAAUAUCUAAAGAAAAUUCAAAUGAAAAUCCAAAUAAUCGUAUAUUAUUUGCUCAAAUUGCCUCGAGUUUGAUUUGUGAUAAACCAUCUUCAGUUUUAGUUGUCUCUGAAGAUUACAACUUUUUAGCUGUCGGUACUAACACAGGAUUAAUUAAAAUAUUCAAAAAUAACCUAAAUGAGCUAACUCUAGUUAAAGAAGGCACUUUUCACGAGCUUCCUGUUACUGGCCUACAAUUUUUUAAUUCUAAUGAAUACAUUAUUUCAACUGGAGCUGACUAUUCCAUUUCUGUGCUAAAUGUCAAAUCUGGAAAAUUUUCCACAAAUUCUAAUAAAAAAGCUAUUACAACUAAAAAUAAUCAAAGUAAUGGACCAUUAAGCUUUGGAAUAACUGUCAUUAAAUAUAUUCUGAUAAUUAUGUUCAUUAUUAUAUUUAUUGCUAUUUUUAUUAAUCGCUCUAUAGAAAUUGGAAUGAAUGUACAGUCGUCUAUAAGAGACGGAAGUAAAUCUGCUGAAUUUUAA